AGACAGUAUGGCGGACAACGAGAGUGAUUUGGAAACAGACGGGCUUGAAUUAGCUCUAGACACUCUGUGUAUCAGACACUGCAGCAACGAGGCGGCUCUGAACAGCAAGGAGUACUGCUCCGCGUUCUGUGAAUUGGUGGAGGAGUACACAGGGCAAUGGCAUGUUCCUCUUCCUCAGCUCAAGGUGCUGCGGGCUGCGCUCCUGAACUUCACCAAAGCCACUGCUGCCUUCCCCGAUGACUGUCAGCACAUCCACUACGUUCUCAGCAGCAUGGCCUUGUGAUUUUUUUGAACUGAUGCUGUUUUUCAGCAAAGAGGAGUUUGUGGAGGAGCCUUUGAAAAACAUCCUCGAUUCUUUCCAGGAGUGUCACAUUCGACUUCUGAGGCACAGAAACAUCUACCUCCAGCAUGUGAAGCAGAUUAUCAAAGCUGGAGGUCCAUGGGAGAAUCCAGUGCUUCAAGGAAUCCUGAAAGAGGCAAAACUGUCUCCAACUGAGAUUGAAGACUACCUGAGCUCAGAGUUGACCGUGUUCUUCGAGCUGAGGGUUCGAUAUCUGCAGGCCUGUGAACGAAUGCAGGAGGCCAUGGCUCUCGCAAAAAGCUGCCUGGAAAGUCGGGAGACCGGAAAGCAUCUGUACUUCCACCAAGCCUACCUGACCUGCCUCUACAAGGCUUCUCUGUAUGAAAACCUCCACAAAGAGAUGGCAGAGAUAGAUGGACGUGAUGCAGUGGAGAUCAUCUGCAACACAGAGAGCGUUGAGAAAGAUGAGCUCUUGUUGUCGUUGUGUAAAACUUUCCUCACACAGCAACUCCACAACGGGGACAUGUAUUACAUCUGGGACCUGGUGUUUAUCUGGAGCAGGUUACACCUUCGGGCUCAUCCUUCUAGAGAAGGCUUCCUGGCCGAAUGCUUGCAGCUCGCUUCUUCUGCCACCAACGUCAGAGCCAUCUUUCCCUUCAUCAAGCUGGUCACUUCAGAGCUGGGGAGUGAAGGAGUCCAAGUCUGCGUCGAGCUUUGUGCCAGAGCCUUGCAGCUCUGUGAGAUGCAGGCCGACGCCGUCACCCAGUCGCUGGUCUACAAGACCAUCGCCUUCCUGCUGCCUCAUGACCUGGAGAUCUGCCGAGCGUGCGCCCUGCUUGUCUUCUGCCAGGAGCGAAGCCUGGAGGCGUACCGGACUGUCUGCUCGCUCUACAUGCACCCAGACCAGGAGCCGCAUCCCCACAACGACUCCGUGCGGACCAGCGUUCGCUUCCACAUUCUGCAGAUGCUCAAAGAGCGCUUGUGUUUCGACCCGGAGUUUUGGAACCUCCUGACCCUGCGGAAUCAUUGCUUAGAGCUGAUAAACGACCAAGUCAUGAAGGCUGCUGUUCUCAACGAGAUGAAGGAGGAAGAGGAGAAGGAAUACAACGAGGAGCUUGUAACGAACAGCUCUGUGAAUUCCUCCUGCACCCAUGACACUUCGCACAACCACACAGAAGAGGCGAGCGCGCCCCAAAACCCUCCUCAAGUGGAAACGAACCAAGAGGCUGAGACGAAGUGUGUUUCAUCGACUAAUAACGCUCCUCUGAGGAGAAGGAAUUGGCGGAGCAGGCUGCGAAAGAGAAAACGGCGGCCUUUGUAUGAUGAGGAUAUUGAGCAGGGUGACGAUCCAGAGAUCUCGUACAACUUCAAAUCCACUCCUCUGAGUAAUAAGCCCAUAUACUCUCUCAGACGGAACCACUCCAACACAGAGAACUCUCCAUCUGUAACACUCCCUCUUAGCCGCAAAAGAGAAUACUUGUCCAGAUGUGUGAAAAGCCAAAUUUUGAAAAGGAAAGGUCGAAAGAGGUGGUUGCAGGGUGUCCCGAGGCUCGAGCAGGUACAGACCUUCAGAGAGAAAAUCGUUGUGGUCAAAGGGAAAAAACGAGGACGGAAACCUUUAUCGAGACUGGACCUCUCCUAUCCUGAUAAUGAAAUCCCUCUUCCUGUGGAGGAGUGGGAUUUGCAAAAGACAGGUGACUCAGAAGACACAGAGCACGGCCCUCAUCCAGAGGAUUCCGUGAACGUCGAGGCUGCAGAGGACAAGCUGGAAGUCGAUGAGAAGGGAAAUGAGGAAUAUACCGAAUCUCUCUGCAGCACCAACAUCAGUGAUCAGGAAUCCCAAACGGCAUCAGCAUGCAAACCUGAAAACCUUUCCACAGAGCUGGAAGCUGCUGUUGAAGCUAGUCCCGAGCUUGACGGCCCACCUCUGGAGUUGCUGGAUUGUCCAGUAGAGCUGUUGCACACUUACUCCGUCAAAUCAAAAACACCUGAAAGCGAGAAUCCUCCAGAGUCCCCAGAGCCCGAUGAGCUGAACGGAAGCACAGAGGAGGAGCCCCAGCCAGAGGUGGAAACCAAAGUUUCAGAGACCGAGAUUCAGGUCCAGGUCAAGAAAUCGUGGAGGGACAGAGUGCUGCGUACUCAACAAUAUGCCCACAUAACCUAUCACUGCAACUUCUGCCAGAAAGACUAUAAAGGCUUGAAUGUCUUGAGACACGUUCUCUCACACCUGAAAAGCCGAAGACUAAAAUGCAUCCUCUGUGGAAAACGUUUCCAGCAGCCGCUCGUAGCCAAGAAGCAUGUCCUGGAGCACAUCGAGGCAAUGAGCAAAGAGAAGCCUCCCGACGAGAAGCCGUGCAGCGAGGAGAAGCCGGCCGCCAACGGAACCACGUGCACUGUGAAAAAUCACACGCCCAGCGUGGAGGAGGAACAGAAACCCGUGAUUAAGGUUAAAGUGUCCAGCCUCAAGAGGGAAGAGCGAAUCAUUAGGAACCUCCGCACCCUCAUCAAAAAGACAUCUGUGCUUCACAAGAAGUGUAAAAACCCCGACACAAAUCUAUUCAGAAACAUCGACUUCACGGACGAGCAAGUCGUCAUCGCAGACGGUUUGGUGAUCGUGAGAGCGCCAACUGUCGUGAAGGAGGAGGAAGAAGAACAUGAAGAAGACGGAGAAGAGAAUUCUUUGCCCACAAGGAAGAACGGCUACGAUUUGGACGUCACGUACCACCUGUGCCCCUCGGAUUCCUGUGAUCGAGUCUUUCUGAGGAUCAGCUCCACGCUGACCAAGCAUGCCAUCAAAUGUCAUAUAGAUGAGGACAAGGUGUUGGAGAAAACUUUUGUUUGGGCCAAGCACAAGUGCACGCUCUGCUACAGGCAGAUCCAGUUUCUCCAGCAUUAUAAAGACCACAUGAAGCUCCACAACGCCCCUCUUCAGCACUUCUGCUACCACCUGGGGUGUGAACAGCGGUUCGCCUCGCAGCAGGAACUGAAGGACCACGCCGUCACCCACCAGCCUUUCAGACCUCGGUGUACGUUUGCGGAUUGUGGGAAGAUUUUCGCAAGCCUCCAGUGUCUGCACGACCACGAGUGGAGGCACUACAUCCCAGCACCCCAGAAAGAAGAGCUGGAUGUGGGCUCCAGGCAGAACAGCCAGAGUGACGAAGCUCCCUGGAAGCAGAGAGUAAAGGUUGAACAGUUAUGGCUUCAGAAUAAAAAAGGGCCAACGGAGAGCCCUGCCAUUAAAACGGAACCCUCUGAUAUGGAAUAUUAUAGUGAAGCUGUCAAAACUGAAAGACAGGACUCUGAGAUAAGUGCCCAGGAGCGCAGUCCGAUUCCUUUUCAGCCUGAUAACUGUUUGGAGAAAACAGACGAUCAUGAAAACACACACGCGAGCAAAACCACGAUAAACGGACAUGAGGCUGUAACAACAAAUGUUCCGCAUCAGUCGGUAUCGGCGCCUCUGGCUCACUCCUCUUCAACCACCCCAACCAAGAAGGCCCGGAAGAAAACUCCCGAGCUGGACCCAAUAAACAUCCGUGAUCUGGAGGACUUGUCCACUCUGGCUGAGGGAAUUUCGCAGAACAUUGCAGAGCCGCACAUAACCGAGCACAAGUCCUUCAAGCCCGAGGAUCCCUCCUACGCCACUUUCGUCAAAGCCCCGUUCACCAGGCCGCCGCCCUCCACGUACCUGGACGAGUCCCUGCUCUCGAUGCGCAAGAGGAGGACCGACGACGAGCCUCCUCCCAAGAAAUACCUUUCCUGGAGUCAGAGGAAAAAGAAAGAGCCGGAUCCAGUGCAGCCGCCGCAGGGGGCCGAGGAGUCUCCGGAGAAGAAGGUCAGACAGCGCUGCGAGAAAUGCCUCGACUCGUUCAGCAGCUCGGAGGAACUACAGAAGCAUCAGUCCCAAAACAAAUGUUCAUCAUUCUUUGGCUUCGAUUCAGAUGAUGAAAGCUAAUAGUGUUCACGGCGGAGCUUCAGCUGGAACAGCUCCUGUCCUCCGGCCGGCGUUUCUGGGUCUGCCCUCUGCUCGGUAUCAGCUCUGAACCUCUGUCCCGGCGUGAGAGCGCUUCAACACAGAGCCCACACCUCCCUGCAAGUCUCCUGCGUGCAGAAGGCACCAGCUGGCAUGUCCGGUGGACGCCUUCAUUCUGAAGAACAGGAAGAUUUUGCAGUUGGCGAAAUGUUUCAGCAACGACGUUGGUCAAGUCAGACGACUCGUUAAGGCAGAGUGAGCAUUUAUUCUCCGUCAUCCCACCGUUAUUCAGGUUGUCAAACGUCACACAGUGUUAUUGCGUUCGCAGUCUAAGUUACAGAUGAAAUGACCAGUCAGUUCAUGAUUUACAAGGAAAAAAGUCAAAAGAGCUCUUGAUCGUGUUUGGAGAUUUUCAGAUUGCAGUUCUGUGUUUGGGCUGUGGCCAAAAAAAAAGUGAUUUUUUUUUUUCUUUCUUUCCAAAGAGCCUGUACAACUCUGCCGUGGUGCUUCGUUAUCCUGUAUGUGUUUGGGGAGAUUGGUGAAUCGGUUUCUGGUGUCGAUGAUAAACCGUCAUACUGAACAUGACUGUAGCCACGCGUCGUUCAGAGCCAGCUCCAGGCCGUUGAAGCAAUAAUUUUGAUGCCAGUUAGUUGUAAACGACGCCCCAAAAGCAUUUAUCAGUGAUAAAAUUCUAAAAGUUAGUUUGAAUUAAAAAUAACCAGAAGCAACUUCUGUACACAACAUUUUUGUUGUGCUGUAUUUGACAUAUAAUUAUGAGAUGUCAAAUUUUAUUUCUCCAUGACCUUUUACUGUUAAAGAUGACUUCUUCAUAGCUCCAACACCCCUGCAGUCCCUGCUUUAAGUCACUUUACUAAUAGCAUUAAAAAUACUUCAGUAGGAUAACGAUUGCACUGUCCCUGAGUCAGGGCCAGAUGCAAACUAAACACUGAAAACCCCAGGCUUGCUUUGAGGUGUCGGCGAUGUCUGGUGUUUUACUGAGAGAAACCGGUUACCUGUCGAGAAACUGAACAGUUCUGUCCUAUUGAUCAUGACUAAUCCUGGUUUUUAAAUCAGCGCUGUGAUUCGAUCAGGUUUGUGUUCACCUGGGUGCUCCUUUUCAGACUCCACAGGUCUCAGGCAAAUAGUCCCUGAUUCCUAAGAUGUGUAAUAAUUAUGGACGUUGUAAUUCUUCUUUUCACAGUAUACCAUCAGAACACAUUGUGAUUGAAGCAAUGUGAGUUUCUCCAUCGUCUUAAAACCACAUUUAGUCUUCCAAAUGAACAGUCCACCACUCAGAAAAGAAAUAGAACCUAUAUUUGUCAUUAUUUUGCUGGGCAGUAAUAAUAAAGUAACAGUAGUUUGUUUUGAAGCUUUUAGAGGAGAUCUCUUCAGCAGUGUGUCGGGGCUGCAAUCUGCAGUUCAGGGUCGUCAGGGUCGGGUUUGCCUUCAUGAUUAGUCCCCUGGUGAUGUCUGAUAACGCUCAUUAAAAUGUUUGAAAUCAUGUAAAUCAGCCUUUACGCUGUCCAGCAGACGAGGUGUCGAUUAGUGCCAAGACAGAAUCUCCAUGUUGAGACUGUAGGAAGGAACGCGUUGAGUUUUUUUGAUUUGAACUUAACGGUUGUGUAUUAAAUUCUCUGUGUAGGAUAUUCCACAUGGGCCGUUCUGUACAAACCUUUCAGAUCUGUUUAACUUUUUUGAUGUCAUGUUUUUAUGCAGCUGUGCACUUCAACCUGCUUAUUUAUAUGUACAAAUGUCAAUAGUUUUGGUUUGUAAAGGUAACGAUGAUGCCCUAUCUAUUUUUCUUAAAGAAAAGGUGAUUUUAAUUUGUUUGAAUAAACAAGUAAUGAA